AGAGCGCCCUGCGGUUGUUGGGUUCCAAUUCCGUGGGGAGGGACAAAGGCAGCUGUGAGCGCCGGGCAACGCCCAGUCGGGUGGUGCGCUCGCCACUGCCCUCGAUCCGGGCCUUGAAAACUGGGACUAACUUGUCUCCGUGAGGAGGAGACCACGGGACCGAGGCCCAGUGAGGGCCUGAGAGGCUGAGGCCGCUGUCUGAGGGCAAGGGGGAGGGGCGCGGCCCGCCUGAGUUGAUUGGGUGGGUCAAUUCUGUGGCGACUUAGUGGGCCACUGUGAGGUAAUUUGACUCACUACCCUGAGGAGAUUGGGGCGCACAGCAAGCUAGGUUUGAUCUGGGCUUUGAAAACGGAAAUCGGUCUUCAGCGCUUAGGAAAUCUUUCAGUUGGUAGGUGGUGAAGCCGGAACUAACGCCAUAUGCACUCGAGCAACAUCGUGAUCGCCAGUUUGGGGCUUAUUUAAGGAUCCUGGGAUCACUGAUGGCGAAGACGUGUGGCUGUCCAGUUUUAUGACUGAAGUUGCUAGACUUCCGGAUUGUGGUUAAAGAACUGGAGACAUCACCGCACUCAUGGCUUUCACGAAUUACAGCAGUCUGAAUCGAGCUCAGCUAACCUUUGAAUAUCUACAUACAAAUUCAACCACUCAUGAAUUCUUGUUUGGUGCUCUUGCUGAACUAGUUGAUAAUGCAAGAGAUGCUGAUGCCACGAGAAUUGAUAUUUAUGCAGAAAGGCGAGAGGACCUUCGAGGAGGAUUUAUGCUUUGUUUUUUGGAUGAUGGAGCGGGAAUGGAUCCAAGUGAUGCUGCCAGCGUGAUCCAGUUUGGGAAGUCAGCCAAGCGAACGCCUGAGUCCACCCAGAUUGGGCAGUACGGGAACGGGUUAAAGUCGGGCUCGAUGCGCAUCGGGAAGGAUUUCAUCCUCUUCACCAAGAAGGAAGACACCAUGACCUGCCUCUUCCUGUCACGCACCUUUCAUGAGGAGGAGGGCAUUGAUGAGGUGAUAGUCCCAUUGCCCACUUGGAACGCUCGAAACCGGGAACCUGUCACAGAUAACGUGGAGAAGUUUGCCAUCGAGACAGAACUCAUCUACAAAUAUUCUCCCUUCCGCAAUGAAGAGGAGGUGAUGACUCAGUUCAUGAAGAUUCCUGGGGACAGCGGAACGCUGGUAAUCAUCUUCAACCUCAAACUCAUGGAUAACGGAGAGCCAGAGCUGGACAUAAUCUCAAAUCCAAGGGAUAUCCAGAUGGCAGAGACUUCCCCGGAGGGCACCAAGCCAGAGCGCCGCUCCUUCCGUGCCUACGCUGCCGUGCUCUACAUUGAUCCCCGGAUGCGGAUCUUCAUCCAUGGGCACAAGGUGCAGACCAAGAGGCUCUCCUGCUGCCUGUACAAGCCCAGGAUGUACAAGUACACAUCAAGCCGGUUCAAGACGCGCGCAGAGCAGGAGGUGAAGAAAGCUGAGCACGUGGCGAGGAUUGCUGAAGAGAAGGCACGGGAGGCAGAGAGCAAAGCUCGGACGUUGGAAGUGCGCCUGGGCGGAGAUCUCACGCGGGACUCCAGGGUGAUGUUGCGACAGGUCCAGAACACAGCCAUUACUCUGCGCAGGGAAGCCGAUGUCAAGAAGCGGAUCAAGGAGGCUAAGCAGCGAGCACUUAAAGAACCUAAGGAACUGAACUUUGUUUUCGGGGUCAACAUCGAACACCGGGACCUGGAUGGAAUGUUCAUCUACAACUGUAGCCGCCUGAUCAAGAUGUAUGAGAAAGUGGGCCCACAGCUGGAAGGUGGCAUGGCGUGUGGUGGGGUGGUUGGGGUCGUCGACGUGCCCUACCUGGUCCUGGAGCCCACGCACAACAAGCAGGACUUCGCGGACGCCAAGGAGUACCGGCACCUGCUGCGGGCCAUGGGCGAGCACCUGGCGCAGUACUGGAAGGACAUCGCCAUUGCCCAGCGGGGAAUCAUCAAGUUCUGGGAUGAGUUUGGCUACCUCUCUGCCAACUGGAACCAGCCCCCAUCCAGUGAGCUGCGCUACAAGCGGCGGCGAUCCAUGGAGAUCCCAACCACCAUCCAGUGUGAUCUGUGUCUGAAGUGGCGGACACUCCCCUUUCAGCUGAAUUCUGUGGAGAGGGAUUACCCUGACACUUGGGUUUGCUCCAUGAACCCUGAUCCUGAGCAGGACCGGUGCGAGGCCUCUGAGCAGAAGCAGAAGCUCCCCCUGGGGGCGCUGAGAAAGGACCCGAAGACGCAGGAGGAACGGCAGAAGCAGCUGACGCAGAAAAUCCGCCAGCAGCAGGAGAAGCUGGAGGCCCUGCAGAAAACCACACCCAUUCGCUCCCAGGCUGACCUGAAGAAAUUGCCCUUGGAAGUGACCACCAGACCUUCCUCUGAGGAACCUGCACGUAGACCUCAGCGUCCUCGGUCGCCUCCUUUACCCGCUGUGAUCAAGAAUGCCCCGAGCAGACCCCCUUCCCUUCAAGCUCCCAGGCCAGCCAGCCAGCCCAGAAAGGCUCCUGUCAUCAGUAGCACCCCAAAGCCUGCUGCCCCGGCCGCCCGGGAGGAGGCCAGCACUUCCCGGCUACUCCAGCCUCCCGAGGCACCCCGGAAGCCUGCCAACACUCUGGUCAGGCCUGCGUCCCGGCCCAGCCCACCGGUGCAGCCACCGUUACCAUCUCCCCAGCCCAACUCCAGGAACCCUCGGGAGGUCCCUUCCCCCCGAGCCCUGAAGACUCCAGUGGUCAAGAAGCCAGAGCUGCCUGCUAAACUCUCCCCGGCCACUCCUGGUCGGAAGCGGAGCCUCGGGGUCUCUGAUGAGGAAGAAACAGAGGAGGAGGCUGAGAAGAGGAAGGAGAGGUCCAAGAGGGGCAAGUUUGCUGUGAAGGAGGAAAAGAAGGACUUGAAUGAGCUCUCAGACAGCUCUGGGGAAGAGGACUCGGCUGACCUCAAGAGUGCUCAGAAAGAUAAAGGGCUGCACGUGGAGGUGCGUGUGAACAGGGAGUGGUACACAGGCCGUGUCACAGCUGUGGAGGUGGGCAAGAAUGCAGUGCGGUGGAAGGUGAAAUUUGACUAUGUGCCCACGGACACGACACCAAGAGACCGCUGGGUGGAGAGAGGCAGCGAGGACGUGCGGUUGAUGAAGCCCCCGUCCCCAGAGUAUCAGAGCCCGGACACACGUCAGGAGGGCAGGGAAGAGGUGGUGGCGGCUGUGGCCCCGGCAGGGGAUCUGGUGGCCCAGCAAGCUGUGGCCACGGCAGAGCCCUCCACCUCGGACUGCGUCCCCAUCGAACCCGACACCACUGCCCCCAGCACCAACCACGAGACCAUUGACCUGCUCGUCCAGAUUCUUCGGAACUGUCUACGGUACUUCCUGCCUCCAAGUUUCCCCAUCUCUAAGAAGGAGCUGAGUGCUAUGAAUUCAGAUGAGCUGAUAUCGUUUCCUCUGAAAGAGUACUUCAAGCAGUAUGAAGUCGGGCUGCAGAACCUGUGCCAUUCCUACCAGAGCCGCGCUGACUCGCGGGCCAAGGCUUCUGAGGAGAGCCUGCGCACCUCCGAGAGAAAGCUGCGUGAGACGGAGGAGAAGCUGCAGAAGCUGAGGACCAACAUCGUGGCACUCCUGCAAAAGGUGCAGGAGGCAUCUGUGGUUCCAUCCCUGGCGGCACAGCAUCCUGACCAGGAGGGCUGGAGGUGGUACGGCUGCCUGGGCCUCAUCCCAGCCAGACCCCACGGAGGGGCCGAGGUUAGAGUCCAGGACUCCACUGAGGAGGUUCCCAGUUAUCUGGGACAUAGACAUUAACACAGACGACGAGCUGGAUGCCUACAUCGAGGACCUGAUCACCAAGGGGGACUAGGGCCCGGAGCCAGAGAUCAGCUCCCCUGACCCUCAAGGCAGAGCUCCUGAGGGUGGCGUUUCAUUUAUGGGUUGAUGGACUUACCUUGGUUUGACUCAUGGGAUAUUUGUGCUUUUGGUGGGAAAGAGACUCUGAUUCUUUGAAUCUUCCACCCUAAGUUUAUAAAUAUUUAUUUUUUGAAAGAAACAA